UGCUCUGGCCAAACACAUAGCGGCGGCACCGGUAGCUAAAAAUCAUAAUAAUAAUAAUAAUAGUUAUUAUCAUCACUUUAUUGAUGCCGAUGGCCAACACCAGCAACAAUCAAUUGGUCACAGUUUGGCCAUACCGUUGACAUGUAUGGCCUGUAAGGCUGGUGUAGCCGUUAUCAGUAAUACAUGGGUACCCAUGAGGUUUAUCAGGGAACUGGCUAUAAUGGUUUGUCAACUAUUUCAGCCGCUGGAUGUUUGUUCAGCGUUUGCCGAUUUAUUUCAGGAACCGUCAGAAUAUAUCAGAUAUAAUACCGAUUUAAAUAGCGAUGAAAUGUGUGCCGUAUUUCUAGGAGACUAUUGCCUAUCGGCUACCGAUCCAUCAAAAUCACCGAAUGUCUACUGGAGGCUAACAAUACCACCACCUAAACCACCAGUGAAUAUCAGUAGAUCUACCGGUGCUACUACUACUACUACCAGCACUACUACGACUACUACCGGUGCUGAUGAUAAUGAUAAUGAUGACGAUAGCGAUACUAUUAAUACUAAUACUAGAAUAAACAAAAUAUUACACAUAACUGACAUACAUUUGGAUCGGGAGUAUAGGCCGCUGACCACUGCCGACUGUGGCCGACCGUAUUGUUGUCGUACAUUGAAUCAGUCGCUGGUCGACCAGCCCGAUCGCCUGGACUCGGAACUAUGGGGUAGCUAUCGGUGCGAUCCACCCGUCCGUUUAGUCCAAAAUCUAUUUGACACAAUUGACUGGCCAUCGAUGGACUGGAUCUACUGGACGGGUGACGUCACACCACAUAAUACAUGGCAGGACACACGUGAGGGAUCGGUUGAAACUUCCCGGCUGUUGACCGAUAUGUUUGCCAAAUAUACGGUCGGCUCUCAGGCACAGGUAGUUCCAGUUAUUGGCAAUCAUAUAUCGAUACCAGUGGGCUUUUUUGCACCUGAUAAUAUUGAGGACAGUCGACUAUCAUCCAGGGAUCUGUACAAUGAAUUAGCCCAACAAUGGCAACAAUGGUUACCCAAUAGUGCAUUGAAAACAUUGAAAAUUGGCGGCUACUAUGCACUGGCAAUUAGACCCGGCCUUCGGAUACUGGUAUUGAACACUAACUAUUGUUCCCGAUUGAAUCUAUGGGUAUACUAUCGAUCGGUCGAUACGGGCGACCAACUCAAGUGGCUAAUCAAGGAACUGGAUCGAGCCGAGCGGGUCGGCGAUCGGGUACAUCUAGUCGGUCAUAUACCGCCAGAUAAUGCCCAGUGUACCCAGUCGUGGCUAUACAAUUUUAUGGCCAUAGUGGAACGGUAUACGGAAACGAUAACCGGCCAAUUUUACGGACAUACACACUACGAUGAAUUUCGUGUAUACUAUGCCAACGGUAACAGUAGUCGGCCAACUGGUGCCGCUUUUAUCGGGCCAAGUGUUUCGCCGUAUGUACACUCCAAGCACCUGAUGAUCAAUCCGGCCUAUCGUGUCAUCAAAUGUAUGGAUAACGGUACAAUCACCGAUAUGGACACCUAUAACAUGAAUUUGAUUGAAGCCAAUCGCAAUGCCGACGACACAACAACACCCGACUGGCCGUUCAGAUAUUCAAUGGCCAGCGAAUACAAACUCCGGGGGUUUACCGGUCAGGAUAUGGACGGUUUAAUACGGAAAAUGAAACGUAACUAUCGGUCAAACAACCAGACAGAUAAGGACAAUCCGUAUGUCAAACGUUUCUAUGGGCACUAUACACGUGCAGCACGUGCUGACAACACCAACACGUGUGACCAAACGUGUAGACAACAAUUGUUGGCCGAUAUGGUUACCGAUAAUGCAUUUCAAUCAAUGCCCGACUUUAUUGCCGAUAUUGUUUGA